CGCUAAAGCUAAAUCUUGAAGACGGAGUUCUGUUCUGUAGAAGUAGUUAUUUCAACCCAACAUACACUAUCAUGCCCGACGCGGCGACGGAUUUCUCGCUGCCACUCGGCUCUCCGCCCCCCGAGGCGAGUGUGGCUCCUGUUGCUAUGAACUUCGAAAGUAUCGUACUCGUACGAAUUGCAUUUAUGCAUUUUACAAAUUUCUUUUUCAAGCUAAAUCACCAUGACAAAUUCCAUUUGUCAUUCUGAGCUAAUUUGUAUUGCAAUACUGCGAAUGUGAUACUUUUGCAGUGCAUAGUUGCCGGUCCCCCACGAAGGUACCGGUUCUCCAUCAAUGAUCCGGAUUCCUUCGACACUGGCGUAUGGGACUCUCAAACGUUACAUUCUCAACCGUUACAUGACAUUCUCAUGCAAAAUUGGCACCAACGUCUACAUGAUGAAGCUGCUUCGCAAGACAAGUCCUCGACACACUCGAUAGCAUUAGAAUCUGCUCCAAACCUGUAAUGCAAAAGGCGCAAGAACCUUUUCCCUUUCACUUUUGCCAUUCUUGCAUGGCAACUUUAUGUAACAGUUGAGAAUGUAACGUUUGAGAACGCCACAUGGCGAUGCUAAAACAUCUGCCUCGUCCAGAGUGUCGGGCGUCGGGGUGCCGCCCCGGCUGUCCAACAUCAUGGGACUCGCUGGCCGGAUGCGCUAUCCGGUGUGCAAAUCUCAUGCACUUCGUCUACAAACAUCAGAAUCAGUGCCUAGCUGCGGAAGCAUUCGUGCUUGUGAGUUUUAGUAGAGGAGCCUAUUGUAGUGCGGAAAUCAAUUUGCAAAACGCGCUCGCGGAAGCGGCAGCUCGUAGUUCCAGUUGUGUUGCAGAUGGAGGUCUCGUGCCGGGAAAAGGAAACGCAUGCAGAAACAAAUCACCACGCACUUUUGAUUGUUCAGUAGUGCAGCUGCACGAGUCGUUACUGAUUCUGAUGUUUUGGAAUGAAAUUUUAGCAAGCUCCAUACCCCCGGAAGCGUGUUCAUGUUGGAGCCCAACAGCGCUGCCAUAUGGACUGCAAAAGUAUCGUACUCGUAUAAAUGCAUUACAAAUUUCCUCAGCGUUAGAAAUAACAUUUGUAAUGCGGAUUUACCUUAACAAAAGGAUUUGCAAUGCAUGACUGCAAUACGAGUACCAGUACGAUACCUUUGCACCCCAUACGCCACGGUUUUUGACGAUGGAGAGCUGGAGCUCUUGACCAGCUUGAAGAGCUAUGCGUUGCAAAUAGUCCGGAUAAGAAGUGUUGUCAUGCCGAGCCUUGCAUGACAAAGCAGCGCUUUUCAUGGCUUGAACGCAUUACAAGUUUAUCGGGUCUAAUGUCUUGCGAGGAGUUCAUUCGUAUUUAGCAUGACAAACUAAAUUACAGGACCCCACGCGUACAGCCUAAAGUUCUAAAAAAAAAAAAAAAGUCCCAUCGCACGAUAGAUAGAUAGAUAGGAGCACGACAAAAAAACCGCUGGCCAAUGGCAUUGGCCCGCAUGCAAUACAGAUGUUGAUGUCGCGCACCUUCCGCAUCACAAAUUAUCGAGGUGGUAUAUUUGCAAUGCAUAAGAGCGGUGGUCUGCGGUCUGCCUCGAAAUCCUCCUCGCACUCGACCCUGGAGACCAGCACCGCUAUGCGUGCGUGACAAGCUCCUCCCCGAAGCGUCAGGUCAACUUUCUAUGUCGCACGGUACUUCUAGAGGCAGAGGCUACUUUAUUCUUAUCAUGUAGGGCACUACUAGAAGUUUUGUUUCUUUCGUUUCGUCCCUCACAUUGUAGGACUCACUCGACGAGUAGACAAGGUGACUGCAUGACAGAAUGAUGUUUAUUCGGGUAAAGUUUUGCCACUGAUAUCAAACCACGGGGCGGAAUUAUCCGGAACCUCUUCGAGCUCCUCUUCACCAGGGACGUGUAAUUUUUUAUUUUUUUCUCCUUUUAUAUUUAUUUGCAUUCAAUUUGCAUCCUGUCGUGACAUCACCAGAAAAUAACUGUUUAUUUGCUCUGUCGUGUGAGGAUACUCAAUUUCCGUGCUGAUCAUGACAUCAUCAUGCAAAAUGAAUUUCUCCAGCCGUCUAUCCAGAAAAAAAAUUGUGUAGGUGUAACUUUCUUUGAGGAACAGCAUCACAAAUUUGCUCUACAUGACAGAGAAAACCUGUCAUGCGUGGCUUGUAAGGCAAAACACACAUGAAAAGAGGGCUUCGUGGCUGUCUGGCAUGACAGGCGUAACUCUGUUGCGCGUUCUGCAACACAAACUUACACUUACACAGUUUUUUUCUUGCAUACCGUCGAGCCCUCUCCUGCCUGCAGCUCAUCCGCAGUGCAAAAUCUCGUGUAUCAAAUGAUGCAAAAGCAUCGUACUUCUAGUAUAGAUUGCAUUACUAACUCACUUAGCAUGACAAAUUCAAUUUGUAAUGCAGAUUUGCCUUAACAAAGAGAUUUGUAAUGCAUAUGCAUAAACGCAAUCAGUACGAGUGCGAUACUUUUGCAAUGCAUAUCGUACACACCCCCACCGCUACCUCUUCUACAUCCGGCCCGCAAACCAGCUGGACCGGGACUCCGGAGGACGUGGAGCGAUUUUGCCACUUUUCGCAGGAGCUCGCGCACGAAUGCUCCUUGCUGUCUGUCGUGAUUUAUGAACUGCAAAAGUAUCGUACUCGUAUAAAUCUAAAUGCAUUACAAAUUUCCUCAGCAUGAGAAAUAAAAUUUGUAAUGCGGAUUUGCCUUGGGAACAAGAUUUGUAAUGCAAGACUUGCAUUUAUACGAGUGCGAUACUUUUGCACAGGAUAUGACUUCUUCUCGCCACGACGCCUUGCGGACGAAACGACAGCAAAAGCCGGAGCUGUUUGCCUCCAAAAACUCGUUUAACACGCGCAUUUAUUAAAGGGACCCCCCCCCCUCCCCAUGUCGAAAACGAAACUUCUGAUGCUGUAUUUGAGUGCACAAAUCAACCUGUAUUGCUAGAAGGCCAAGAGCCGCAGUCGUGGCCUCGUUUGCAGGCAAUUUGUCGCGCUGUUUCCCACUUCCAGCUGCCCCCUGUCAUGCUGAAGAUGCAAGGCCUACCCACGCCGCCCAGCACUACAGUCCGCAUCCUUUUCCUUCCAGCAUGACAAAGCUGAUUCGUGACCACAAAUCUGCAUCACAGAUUUCCGUUUUGAUAUGGGGAGGGGGGAUUUUUCUUCUUGAUAGGAUUCUCACCCAGUUCGCGGACGCGCUUCUGGUCGGGGCGUAGUACGCAUGGUGCAAAGGUGUAUCGCACGCACUGCAGCAUUGAUUACAUGUAGUUUUCCUGCAAGUAUUGUUAUUUUAACAGGAGAACUAGAAGAAAAAAGAAGGAGAUUUGUAUGCCUUGCUAUUUGUUUUGCUGAUUUGAAUCGCCGCCAGCGGCACUUUUGCACAGGAUAGGUAUGUGUUGGGGAAGACGAAAUAUGUACUGUCGACACUAGUGUUGGAAAGCAGAACGGAGAGAAAACCGGUGAAGCCGGUAUAGAUUGUGGUCGCGACUACAGAUAUCUAAACAGGAACUAAACAGAACCAACGAGCUUGGAUGGCUGCAUUGCUAUGAGAUCUUGUUUUUCUGCAUGAAGGACAAAAAAAAAUGCGUCAAGCUUGUCGACCACAUAAUUAUACCGCGAUUAUGAAUUUGUUGUAGAAGUUACCAUCAUCAUCUUAUCAUGUUGAACCAUGAAUAAAAGAACACGUAUAAAAACUACAGAUGAUGAUAAAGGAAUACGAGGAAGACCCGAUGACGACACCCGAAAUGCUGGUCGACGAGGCCAUGCGUGCGAUUCACGGCUCGGCGUCCAAAAUAGCCGUGAUUGCGGAAGACAUCUCCUCCAUCGUGGCUCCGCCGAAGAAACGAGGGUCGAGCAGCGCGCAAGCGAACGCGGAGAUGUCUUCAACAUCAUCAUUAUCCUCCACUGCGAACAAAACCUUCCAACAAAAACUGAGCGACUUCGUGGCGAACAAUUUCGAGAAAAAACGAAAAUCUCGCACGACAAGCUUCAACGAGAUAGCAUCUAGUGCUUCUGGACGGAAUUCCAGUGCUUCUGUCGGAAGGAGUAGCUUUGGCGAGGUUGGAAACGGAUUGGGCUUCGGGGCCGCGGCAGCCAGAAUUUCUUCUGGAAGCAGUUCCCUGGGUGUGCCGGGAGUAGACAGCAGUACAGGGGUGGUUGGGAAGGAAGGUAUACGAUGCUGUGCAUAAAAAUUUGCGUUUGUUUAACAAGGUGAACCGCAUGAGAAGUUUGGUUGUAUCAAGUACGACGAGAUUUUUUUUCAGGUUACGUGUAGACGAGAAUUCCAUGCAUAACAGAAUGCUGUCCAUAAUUUUUGCUCACCCACUGAUGUGAUUUUCUACUUGUAUGUUCUUGGUCUUACUUCUACUUGUCAUCAUCUACUGCAUAGCAAAUGCAAAAAUGUCUGGGUCUGGAAGAGUGUAAACUUGUCACGCAGGUUUUCCAUGACUCAUGAGGUCUGGAAUGCGGGACCUAGCAUGACAGAGUGUGUGAGGUCUCUGCCAUGCCUAUCCUGCACGAGAAACUCCCUCCAAACUUGGUCGAAAGUGGACACCCUUUGGCACUCAUGCAACACAGAUUUCUGCAUGAUUCAGAUUUAGCAUGAGAAAUUGCAAUCUUCCAGACCCAGACACUUUUACAAUCCAUACUGCACAGAAUUCCUCGUCUGUGUGGACCAGUAUUUUGCGUUGAAGCCGCACUUCGAAUCCAUCAUCGAGAAAUCAAACACGCUGCAGCGAAUUCUGGAUACUAAGCUUGAGGGGACGACGAGCUUAGGAGGUACAGUUGUACUAUCACAUCAGCUGUCCCUGCGAGUUGAAGAUUUCUGAACUCGAUUUGCAUAGUGUAGAAAAGGAAUAGAGCGAGGCUUUCUACAAUGCAUGAUGAGAAAUUGCAUGCAGACAAACUGCAUGAAGACGAAUUACAUGAAGAGAAACAGACUCAUACAUGAACAAAAUCAUAAACGAAUUUAUUUCAAUUUCUUCAGGCGCGAUCAAAGUAGCCGUUGCGGCCUCCCGGUUGAAAAAGCUGAUUAAGCCGAAGGCAUAAGUUUGACUGAUGCGAGUGCGGAAUCUAAACCGUGUUUUUUGAAGAGCAGGUGAACUACGAUGAAGACCUAUCAGGAACGCAUUUUUCUGCAGAGAUGAAGCAGAGCUACCUGAGUUGUUUUUUUCUAAAGUAAUCAACAACACCUGCUGUGUAUAAAUUUCAUGUACUUGUUCGUGUUUCGUAGUGGACUCGGAGAUUUUUUUCAAGCUGUGCAACUUGUCGAAGACGUGCUAAUAUAGACAAAAACGCAGUCCUAGAACUACUACUGUUUCGUAUUUUCCUCCGGAAGGCAGCUUCACGUAGACACAACAUUUGUAAGUCAAGAUGAAUAUUGAAAGUGAGGAUAGCAUAGUACUAGAUGAAAACAUGGAUCCUCCUCCUCCUCAGAAAAAACAGAAACAUUCCCAUUCGUGGAAUGAAGAAAACACAUCAAGUUAGAACAUUGCACACCAUGAUGUAUGCGACGUGGUUCUAUGUCGUUGUUAACAAGAGCGGAUACUACUUGGAAAUCAACAAUUUUUGUAUUUUUUUCCCCACCACCUCAAGCUACAGGCGGCAAAGAGGUGCAGGAAGA